AUUUUCACCUGGUAACCCAGCAGUCCAUAUGUUUAUCAGUGAGGCAACGGGGUUAUUUUUCGUCGUUUAGUUUAGAAUAAACCGGCUUGCAUUUAUUUAGAUAAAUUUUAUAUAAUGGCACAGGCUUUAAGGAAAUUAUCGACGCAGGCUUUGAAAAACAACUAUGCGGAGGCGAUCACGACUGGCAUCGUUUCCAGAGCAAGUAGCACUUUUUGGAGCAAUGUGCAGAUGGGACCACCAGAUGUCAUUCUUGGUAUAACGGAGGCAUUUAAAAGAGAUACCAAUCCUAAGAAAGUAAACCUUGGUGUUGGUGCGUACAGAGAUGACCAGGGCAAACCUUUCAUUUUGCCUUCAGUCCAGAAGGCAGAAGAAAUAAUUUUCAAAAAAGGAUUGAACCACGAGUAUGCUCCAAUUGGUGGUGAAGUUGCAUACACAGAUGCAGUUGCCAAAUUGGCAUUUGGAGAGGAUAGUCCAGUUCUUAAAAACAAAUCCAAUUGUACUGUGCAGACUUUAUCUGGUACUGGUGCAUUACGGCUAGGAUUUGAGUUCAUAACCAAACACUACGCCAAAAGCAAGGAGGUCUGGCUAUCAAACCCUACAUGGGGCAACCACCCCCAGAUCUGCAACACUCUCAACCUGUCACACAAGAAGUACCGCUACUUUGACCCCAAGACCAAUGGAUUCGAUCUUAAAGGAGCUCUUGAGGAUAUCAGUAAAAUUCCAGAAGGUUCCAUCAUCUUGUUGCACGCGUGCGCGCACAACCCAACCGGCGUCGACCCUAGACCCGAGGAAUGGAAACAGAUCUCAGAGGCAGUGAAAGCGAAAAAGCUGCUUCCCUUCAUCGACAUGGCGUACCAGGGCUUCGCGACGGGCAGCGUGGACAACGACGCCUUCGCCGUUCGUCAGUUCGUAGCCGACGGACACCAGAUCCUCCUCGCGCAGAGCUUCGCCAAGAACAUGGGUUUGUACGGCGAGCGUGCGGGCGCGCUAACAUUUUUGUGCGGCGACGCGGAUUCGGCUGCGAAAGUCAUGUCCCAAGUCAAGAUCAUGAUCCGCACCAUGUACUCCAACCCGCCGCUGUACGGCGCCCGGCUCGUCACCGAGAUCCUCAACAACCCACAGCUCAAGCAACAGUGGCUAAGCGACGUGAAGCUGAUGGCCGAUCGCAUCAUCAGCAUGCGCACGAAGCUGCGCGCCGGCAUCGAAGGCGCGGGCAACAAGCUGUCCUGGCGACACGUCACCGACCAGAUCGGCAUGUUCUGCUACACCGGCCUCAAGCCCGACCAGGUUGAUCGGUUGACCAAGGAGUUCCACAUUUACUUGACGAAGGACGGUCGCAUCUCCGUUGCAGGCAUCUCUUCCAACAACGUGGACUACGUUGCGGAGGCCAUGCACAAAGUGACGUCCUAAUCAACAUAUCGAAUGUAUAACUAUACUGCCAUAAGUAAAUUAUGCCUAUAAGGGAAUCGACACAACACUAUUUUAUCAUAUUAAGUUAAUAUACACAUUUAUUUUUAUUAGUAAGCACUAACAAUAUUUCACCACAUGCACGCAAGAUAACUGCACUAUCUGCUAAUCCGCAUUUAACCAGCGUGGUGCACAUAGGCAAAACUUUUUUCAUUCUGAGAGGGAGCCUAUGUUUAGCAGAGAGCUGAGAAUGGGUUGAUGAUGCUCAUUAAAAUGCCUCUAUUCAAAAUAUGCUUUGUUAUGCCUUUAUUUUAUACUAGUGAAGUGAUAAGUCGAAUUGUCUGCUGUAUUAUAAGAACACAUUGGUUAUCUAGUAUUUAUAUAAAAAAUAAGGUCGUAAAAUUACGUAACGUGAUAAUAUUAUCGAAAGAGGGCAACAUCUUGCUUCACAUAAAACGACAAUCUGGUCACUAUUUUCUUUUUAUAUGUAUGUAUUUUGAUAUUCAAAGUUAGGGACAGUCUGCCCAAGGCGUGAAUUAUCCCAUUGUAUUGUUUUGAACUUUUAAUAAAAUUUUAUUAUUAAUUAAUUAUUGUUUAAGAAUCAAUGAUAUUUUAUUGUGUAUCUAAAGAUAAAUAUAGUUUUGUUUUGGA